GUGGCUUCUGUCAGGCUGCUGGAGUUCCCUUGUCAUGGCGUCGUCCUUCAGUGGGGUGCUGCAGCUGACUGAUCUGGAUGAUUUUAUCGGCCCUUCGCAGGAGUGCAUCAAGCCAAUCAAGGUUGAGAAGAAGGCGGGGAGAGCUGCCGCUAAGAUCCAAAUUGAAGAUGACGGAAGCUACGUUCAAAUUAAUCCGGAAGGGGCUGCCCGGAAGCUGGAAAAAGCAAAGAUCACUCUUAAUGACUGUCUGGCCUGCAGCGGCUGCGUGACGUCGGCAGAAACCAUCCUGAUCACUCAGCAGAGCCACGAGGAGCUCUACAAGAUUCUAAAGCAAAACAAAACAGAGAAUCCAUCGGAACACAAAGUGGUGGUGGUUUCUGUGUCCCCACAGUCAUGGGCUUCUCUGGCUGCAAGAUUUAACCUGAGCAUGCAGGACACGGCACAGAAAUUAACUGCAUUCUUCAAACAGUUAGGAGUUCACCAUGUGUUUGACACCAACUUCUCCAGGAACUUCAGCUUGUUGGAGAGCCAGCGAGAGUUUAUACAGAGAUUUAAAAGACAGAAGGAGGAUAAAAAAUCCCUUCCCAUGCUGGCGUCGGCCUGCCCAGGCUGGAUCUGUUAUGCUGAGAAAACCCACGGAAGCUUCAUUCUCCCAUAUAUCAGCAGCACAAAGUCUCCCCAGCAAGUGAUGGGCUCGCUGGUCAAAAGCCAUUUUGCAAAAGAAAAGAACCUGAAGCCCAACCAGAUCUACCACGUGACAGUCAUGCCUUGUUACGACAAGAAACUAGAAGCCUCUAGGCCGGACUUCUACAAUCAGGAGUAUGAGACCCGGGAGGUAGACUGCGUGAUCACCACUGGAGAGGUGCUGAGGAUGCUGGAACAAGAGGGGCUGUCCUUAUCGGAUGUAGAUCCAUCCCCACUCGACACUUUGUUCGGCAGCGCGAUGCAGGAGGAGCCGGUGGGACACCAGGGCGGUGGAUCGGGGGGUUACCUGGAGCAUGUGUUCAGACACGCAGCACAAGAGCUCUUUGGUGUCCAUGUGGAUACAGUGGUGUACAAACCCUUAAAAAACAAGGACUUCCAGGAGGUGACUCUCGAACAAGAUGGCAAUGUCGUAUUGCACUUUGCUCUGGCCUACGGCUUCCGGAACAUUCAGAACCUGGUGCAGAAGCUGAAACGUGGACGCUGCCCGUAUCACUAUGUGGAGGUGAUGGCCUGUCCCUCAGGCUGUUUGAAUGGCGGCGGUCAGAUCAAGGCAGAAGGAGAAGGCAGCAAGGAUUUACUCCAGAGGGUAGAAGAGCUGUACAACACAGUGAGGACUGAGCAGCCGGAGGAACGGGAAGAAGUCGCGCAGCUCUAUGGAGAUUGGCUGGAAGACAAAGACUCGGCCAAGGCCAGACAGGCGCUGCACACACAGUACCACGCGGUGGAAAAAAUAAACAGUGGACUGACCAUCAAAUGGUGACGGGUGGCAAGGCACAGGCAGAGACAGCAACACAACUUUUAUGCAUCAUUUCUGAUGCAGUUCAGACAUGUAAAGGGGAUGUAAACCAGAAAAUGAAUGGAAACCUACUUGAGUGCCGCUGCGAGCAACUUUGCAAUUCACAUUAAUUUUCUGUUUUGUUCAGUAGAUCCUGAGAUAUCGGCAGUAUAUAACUGCUAUUACUACUCCGUGUCGGGGCGCCUGUGUGUGGCUUUGUGCAGUCUGCAUGUAAGUAACUGCUACUGUCUCAGCAAUAUUGACUCCAUUUGUAUGUAAGGCAGUUAUGGACAGGAUGGCUCUCCCCAGCCUACUCAUACGAGGAGACUUUAAUGACCCCCAUGCUGGACAUGACUGCUGUCUCUUUACUGGGCUGCUUGUUGGUUGCUAUUGAGCAACUGUAGCUGGAAUUCAGCAGCAGCAUCAUGCACCCAUUGGGAUCAUUUAUAAACCUGGGGGCGCAAGUGUACAAGCCCUGCACUCAUCGCCAGAAAAAAUCCAGUGGGAAAAAAAAAUGGGCGAUGGCAUGGAACAUUGUAAUUCAGCCCUUCUCUCACCCAUCAGCAGGUUGUCAUUUCUCCUACAUCCAUAUGGGACACAUGACAUUAAUAAAAAUAAAUCUAUAUUUA